AUGCAUUCAAAGACAUUUUUGUCUCUGGCCUUGAGUGCAUUUGUAGUAAACUCAGCAGUUGCGAGUCCCUGCAAGCCUCCUUCGUCUGCUGCCAGUUCUCUCACCGUGACUACGCUUUCUGAGUCGACGACUAUGAUCCUUCCUGUGUCUUCAUCCACCGAGACCUCAAUCUUGGAUACCACCUUGGCCAGCCAGACGACCGAAACCAGUGAGGCUGUCACUACGGCUACAACCAGCGCUACCUCCGUAGACACUAGCACUGCUGAUAAUAAACCAUCAAGUACUCUACUCGACACCACUAUUGCCACUGAAGCUACCACGACCACAGCUGGUGAAGUUACUACAACGGCAGCGGAGACCACCACCGCCGCAACGGCUGGAUGUCCCCAGGUUACUGUUCUUGCCAAUCCUACUUCCAUCUUUUCCUCCUCCGAAGGCACGGUUUUUGAUGACGAGCACAGAACCGUUGUCACACCCUUUGACGUUGAGGUCUUUGGUGGUGCUUCUUCAUCCACUGUCCAUGUCAGUGUGAAUGGAUUGUUGACACUGGGACGAGCGCCCAAUACUGCUUCCUUCAACGCAGAACUGCCUGCCCAGAGUCUCCCCGAGGUUUCCAUCAUGCCCUACUGGGAUGACCUGCUUGUUUUCCCGGACCUCUGCGGAAGUGGCAUCACGUACGAAAUCUAUGAUACUUCUCGUGGUCAGACGUUCACUGUCGAAUACUACGUUGGCAGUUAUAACAACCCGGUCGGUGAGCACUUUACGGUUAGUAUGUACAAGGACUAUCCUGGGCUGGUCAGAUAUGUGUACUACAAGACGUCUAGGCAUGGAAGCAGCGCUACUGUUGGUGUUCAGAAUGGCAUUUUCAAAUCGCAGUACUCGUAUAAUGCGGAAGAUUCUAUCCCAGAUAGGUUCUGGGUUGAGAUUGAUACAAGCAAUGUGCAGGAUGUUACUACGAGUGAUGGGGAUCUACAAGGAGGCAAUUAA